AUGGGGGAGGAACUGGGCAGAGAGGAGGCAUUCCCCUCCCCCUGCCCUUCUCAUUGUUCCCAACCCACUGGUCCUUUCUCUUCAGCCCCCCUCAACAUCGCUCACCAGAGAGGCUGGAUACCGGGGCAGGGUGUGUGGAGGAGAGUGAGGGAAUGAUCAUGACUGCACCUCCUGCUCACUUUUACACUCCUGUUCUCACUUCCUGCCUCUGGCAGAAAGUAGCCCUGCCCCUCUGGCUUAUCUCAGCAAAAAGCAGUGCCCAGCCCAGCUCAGAGGGCAAUGGGACAGAUCCCAGAGGCCCUGAGGAGAGGUAGGUGCUGGGAAUACACAAAGAUGAAUAAGCCAUGGUCCACAGCCCCUCCCUCUAAGAGCUCACAGUCUAAUGGGAGGGGCAGACCAGGAAUAGCUGACUACCACGCAUGUGGAGAGCGCUGAGAAAGCUCCGCACUGCAGCGGAGGCACAAGGAUACAACAUCUGCCUGUGUUGCCCGGGGCGGUCAGGGACGGCUUUGCAGAGUCUGGAGAAAAUACUAGGCUUGCCAGUUGGAGAGCGGGAGGCAGGGCAUUCCAAGGUGAAAAAACGCCACAUACCAAGGCAGAGUCCUGAAAACUUAAGGUCUCUGCUGCUGACGAAGCUGUGACCAAACGCACCCAACCCUUGGCAGCCAUCUGUCCCUGCAGCCAUAGCCCGCAUUCCCAUACCCUCCCUCUGCUUGUUUUGGGACCAUGUCUGUACAGCCUCCAGGCCCCAGCCCCGGAGGUGAAUGCCACGCCAUGACUCUGGUGUGCCCCAUGGCAUCCCCAGCCUAGCUCCCAUUCCCACUUUGGCACAAUGUUGGCCAACAGCUCCUCAACCAACAGUUCUGUUCUCCCGUGUCCUGACUACCGACCUACCCACCGCCUGCACUUGGUGGUCUACAGCUUGGUGCUGGCUGCCGGGCUACCCCUCAACGCGCUGGCCCUCUGGGUCUUUCUGCGCGCGCUGCGCGUGCACUCGGUGGUGAGCGUGUACAUGUGUAACCUAGCGGCCAGCGACCUGCUCUUCUCCCUCUCGCUGCCCCUUCGUCUCUCCUACUACGCACUGCACCACUGGCCCUUCCCCGACCUCCUGUGCCAGACGGCGGGCGCCAUCUUCCAGAUGAACAUGUACGGCAGCUGCAUCUUCCUGAUGCUCAUCAACGUGGACCGCUACGCUGCCAUCGUGCACCCGCUGCGACUGCGCCACCUGCGACGGCCCCGCGUGGCGCGGCUGCUCUGCCUGGGCGUGUGGGCGUUCAUCCUGGUGUUUGCCGUGCCCGCCGCCCGCGUGCACAGGCCCUCGCGCUGCCGCUACCGGGACCUCGAGGUGCGCCUAUGCUUCGAGAGUUUCAGCGACGAGCUGUGGAAGGGCAGGCUGCUGCCCCUCGUGCUGCUGGCCGAGGCUCUGGGCUUCCUGCUGCCCCUGGCGGCGGUGGUCUACUCGUCGGGCCGAGUCUUCUGGACGCUGGCGCGCCCCGACGCCACGCGGAGCCAGCGGCGGCUGAAGACGGUGCGCCUCCUGCUGGCCAACCUCGUCAUCUUCUUGCUGUGCUUCGUGCCCUACAACGCCACGCUGGCGGUCUACGGCCUGCAGCGAAGCAAGCUGGUGGCGGCCAGCGUGCCUGCCCGGGAUCGCGUGCGCGGGAUACUGAUGGUGAUGGUGCUGCUGGCCGGCGCCAACUGCGUGCUGGACCCGCUGGUGUACUACUUUAGCGCCGAGGGCUUCCGCAACACCCUGCGCGGCCUGGGCACUCCGCACCGGGUCAGGACCUUGGCCACCAACGGGACGCAGGCGGCGCUCACGCAAUCCGAAAGGUCCGCCGUCACCACCGACGCCACCAGGCCGGAUGCCGCCAGUCAGGGGCUGCUCCUACCCUCCAACUCCCACCCUCUGUCUUCCUUCACACAGAGUCCCCAGGAUUCCGCCCUCUGAACGCACAUCAUGCCACAGCGCCGUCUGUGCCCGACUCCCAGCGCCUCUCGUUCUGGGAGGCUUGCAGGGUGUGCACACAAGAAGGUGGGCUGGGCACUUGGGUCUUUGGGUGGCAACUCCAGCUUAGCAACGCAGAAGAGUACAAAGUGUGGAAGCCGGGGCCCGAGGAAGGCAUUGCUGCUGGAAAUGGCUUCUUUAAACUGUGAGCACGCAGAGGACCUCGUCUCCAGUGGUGGGAAGUGAUGCAGAGAGCCCACCCGUGCAGAGGGCAGAAGGGGACGAAAUGCCUUUGGGUGGGCGGGGCAUUAAACUGCUAAAAGCUGGUUAGAUGGAACAGAAAAUGAGCAUUCUGGAUUUAAACCGCCACAGGGGCCUGAGAGCUGAAGAGCCCCAGGUUUGGUGGACCAUGCUACUGAGAUGCCUGUUCAUCUGCUGACUUCUGUCAUGGAUGCCACCCACUUUCAUUUCGGCCUAGGCUUCCCCUGCUCACCAUUGAGGCCUAAUAGAAGAGUUCCAUAUGGACAGAACUAGGUUCUUUCUCGCAUAGUGACUUGUGACAAUUUAGACUUGGCACCCAGCAUGGGACAGUUGGGGCAAGGCAAAACUGGCUUAGAGUUUCCUCCUCGCCAAAAUCCAAGUCCAACCCCUUUUUAGGUUAUCCUUUCUUCCAUCACACCCCCUUUUCCAGGCCUCCUCCAUUUUAGGUUCUUAAUAUUCUCUCUCUCUCUCUCUCUGCUUUGUCCAGAGUAAGGAGAAAAUUCUUUCUACUAAAGCAUUGGUUCUCAAACUUUUUGGUCUCAGACGCCACUCUUAGAAACUGAGGAUCUCAAACAGCUUUGCUUAUCUUUUGUUCUUUUGAUACUUACCAUACUAGACAUUAAAGCGAAUACAUUUUUAAAAUAAAUACACAUGCACACAUUCCGUUAGCCACGAGAGCAAUAAUGUCACCACACACACUUCAUGAAACCUCUGGAAAACUCUACAGUAUACUUGUGAGAGAAUGAGAGUGAAAGGGACAAAUAAUAUCUGUGUAGCAGUAUUAUGAAAAUAGUUUGACCUCAUGGACUCCCUCAAAGGGUUGGUCCCUGGAUCACACUUUGAGAACCACACUUGUCCUGAAGUAUUAGAGUUCAUGUCUAACUUCUUCCCAGGGCAUUAUGUACAGUGCUUUCUAUUAUUGUGGGGAGAGGGCAGUGCUAAAUAAAUUAAUCAAUUCUGAUAGUC